CCAAUGCUCGCAAAUUGAGGGUUGGACCGUUGAACCAAGAAGACGUCGCUGCUACAGUUUACACCGCAUGGAGUACAGCUUGCUGAAGGCGUGGAAUGUCCGCGUGCCAGAGCAAUCGUCAAAGCCACGGCUUGCUGUCGAUGGCCGUCGCAGCGAAGGAUUCCUGAUCUUGCAUCCUCGUCAAGGCCCUCCCAAGACGGCUAUGCCCGUGUGGAAGCAAUCGUGCCGUCCUCGAUGCAGUUUGACCCCAACUUCUCCCAACAAACAAGUCGACUUUGAAACUAUCACGUCCAAGAUUGGCACUGGCCAACCCAGAGACCUUUCUCACAGUCGGAGACCCACGCUGCGCAACCCAGGCACCUGCAAACGAUACGACAGUAUGCGAGGCAUCCUCGAGCACGACAUUUGCCAAAGCACCACGCUGUACCAUGGACUGCGGCACGCGAAGCCCAACAGUAACAUCGACCUCGGAAACUCCAGAGACCAGCUGCGCCACGUGCGCGAGGGCGCCAGCGGGGACAAAGUGUGUACCCUCCACUUGGCGGAGCGACUGGUUGUGUGCGACACCGACGUCGCUAUGAAACGCCAACCGUCAGCUCGACCUCCGUGGCCCAAAGAAUUCGUGGCUCAGUACUUGACGGAGAGCGGGCCGCUCGUAGCAUCGUGUGCAAAUGCCAAUGAUACAAACGAAGCCAAGAACGACGAGAGACAACGCACGUUUGACGCGCAUUGCCUCAAUGUUUCGGCAUGGGACAACCCACGACAAGUGGAUUGUACUGCGGCUGUCUCAGAGGCACCACGGGUGGCAGUGAAACGAAUGGGUUGCAGCAACCCCGCACAGUCGAAUGCACACACGCGACUGUCCCCUCCACCGUUGAAGGGCAAACAGCAAUUUCAAUCUCAAGUGAAUUCAUGGAAAGCAGCGCUUGGUGGUCAAUCUGAGGAGGCGUUGGCAGCUAUGUCGGAAGAAGCAUCCUUGUUUAAGACACAACAGGUACUAGUAGUACAUAUAUGGUCAAAGUAGCUAAACAUUUGUCACUGGUAGAUCUUGCUGAGAUCGCAACGAGCAGCGGAUGGUAGCAUUGUGGGGAAGCGGAUGUUGUCGUCAACUAAUCAACGAGGGCUGUCUCCCGUGACGUGGCGGCGCACGCUGCCUCGCCAGAUGAAGCCGACCACUGCCACUGCUGUCAUGGGUGUGGCGCGUGGGUAGAAAGGAAUCCUUCGCAAUUCAGUCGACUGCAGGUGUGUCGCUUUGCCUUUGAGCUGUCACAUCGUCGAGGUGUCCACGCUGCCUUUCUUGUGCAACGACCAAUCAUCGGCGGGUAUUGCUAGAAAAUGCUAACAACGUUGAGCAAUCAACUCGUUCGCGGCUGAUUUAACGUUCUAUUCAACAGAUUUAACGUGUUUUCGUCUGA